CUCAAACCUAUCUUCCAAUCUCCCCAUCUUCUAAAUCAUCAUCCUCUACCUCAACCACUCCAAUCAUCUCCAUCAACAAUGGACGACACCAAGGUCAACAUUAAGCGGGAGAACUUUAAGGACUCCCUCUCCAAAGCCCUGAACAACCGUGCCGCGUCGACCAAAUUCCCCUUCGCCAUGACUCCCUCCACCUCCUCCGCCGCGCCCUCUGUUGUUUGGUCAGCUUCCAGUUCCACUCCGCAGAAGAAACGUCCUAUACUUUCCCCAACUUUUGCAACCCGGGACGCGAAGCGCACCAUUACCACUACCUCGACCACCACCAAGCCUACCAUUCCCGCCCACCUCGUCGCCGACCUGAAGGUCCUGGUGGAACAACUCGAAUCCGCAACCACUCCCGCCACCACCGCUGCCGAAGCGGACUCCACCAUCUACACCGAAGACAACCUCCGUGAGUGGGGGCCUUUCGAGCAGAAGUCCGACGGAUGGGGUGGUACUCGCGAGAAUCUACCAUGGGUAGACACUGCUCUCAACAUCAUCAAGCAGGGUGAAAAGGUCUAUGAGAAGAACCUCAAGGCCUUUCAGGAUAUCGCUGAUAAGCUACUGACUCUCGGGGAGCAAGUGCAGGACAUUCGGGCCGAGAUGGACGCAGUGUGUGCGAAGCUUCAUUGUUUCCAUGAGGCUUGUCUUGAUUUGCAGAUUGAGGUGGGCAAUAUCUCGUCUCAGGAGGUGUGCGAUAUUACUAGGCUGUCGUUGGAGGCGCUUCUUGAGGCCCAUGCGGGUGAUGUGGAGGGGUGUGCCACUGUGAAGAAGGCACUGGGGAAGAAGGAUGAUGAAUGGAAUGAUGGUUGGUAGUUGUGGUUCCCUGUGAGAAGGUUUCCUGGAACUACGUUCUGCAGCUUUGGGUGGGGUUGGUUAGUAUGCUUGAAGUUGGAGCUGGAGCUGGCUCUGGCUUUGGCUGGGUAGGCUGAUGGGUCUGGGCUUGGAUGGUUGGUUGUUCUGCUGGCAGCUGGUGAUUCUGUGGUUACAUUGGCGCUAUUGUUUUCUUUCUUCAAAUGGGAAUAGUAUCCGUUGAAUUUCAAUACUCUGCGCUCACGGUGAACUGGUAGUAUGCAAUUGGUCAUGUCAUUCUUUUAUCAAUCAUCUCAGCUAUUCUAAAUUCCAACAAUUUCACCAAUAGAUCAAAACCGCUCUAUUAUUAUC